AUUGCCAGCACCAAGACUCGAGACCAGAACCCACACCACCACCACCACCCAUAUUUUCCGUGAAGACACCGGUGGCUCGCACUGCAGGUUGUCACACACCAGUAAACACCUACAGGGGGCGCAACAGUAUUUAAUCUGCGACCUCGCGCUUCCAAGUGAUAACCGUCGCGACCCGGCGCCCAGCAGCAGCCAUGGCAACGGAAUCCAGCAACUCUGCCGUGGCGGUGACGCUAGCAGACCCCCAGUACAAGGCUGGGCGCAAGCUGAUCGACGACGGCCGCCUGGAGGAGGCCGUGAACUUCUUCAGCGGCCUGCUGGAGACGAGAGUCCAGGUGCUGAGCGGCGACGAAAUGAGCCCGUCACUUGCCCCCCUCUACUACGAGUACGGCAACUCCCUCCUCUACAACGCGGAGGAGUCCGGGGCAGUCUUCGGGGACGCCAUCACCGACGCCGAGCAGAAGAAGAGGGCCAUGGCUAUCGUCGAGGCCCAGAUCAACGGCCAGGCGGCGGCAGCAGCGGCAGCAGCAGGGAGCGGCGGUGCCGCAAGGGAGGGGGCAAACGGCGGAGCGGAUGGAGAGGGCGCCGCUGGCCAGGCGUCUACGCCGGACCAGGAGGCGGAGGAGGAUCUGGAGCUCGCGUGGGAGAACCUUGAGAUGGCGCGCCGGAUCUACGGCGGGCUCGAGCUCACGGAGGACAUUCGAACGGCAAUCGCAAAGGUUCACCUCCGACUAGGCGACCUGAACAUGGUGAACGGCAUGUACAAUGAGGCCGCCGACGAAUUCGAGAAGUGCCUCGACCACCGCUUGGCUCUCCCCUGCCGACACUCCCGCGGUGUGGCCGACGCGCACGUCAGGCGGGCGCAGGCCCUUUUCUACGCGUCGACUCUUGAAGGCGCCGAAACGGACGCGCUUGUCGAACGGUCGCUCGAGCAGUACCGGCUGGCGAUGGGGGUUUUCGACGCCAUGCUGGCGUCCUUGAAAGAAACACCUGAGGUGACCGCCGCCGCAGCUGGCCCUUCCCCCGAUGCCGCUUCUCCCGGCAAGGAGAACAGUGACGCACCCAACACGUCGAACGGGAGCGGGAGUCCCAACGGCAAGGGGAAGGGGAAGGGUGGCGCACAGGGGGUUGCGUCGCCGCCACCGACCGCCGCUUCCGCAAUAGAGGAGCUCGAGGACGUGCGCGACGCCAUCCGGGAGACGAUCGACACCAUGGUGAGCGGCAAGGACAUGGAGGCGCUCGCGGAGUACAAGCGCGGGACGGGUACCACCACGGUCGGGUUCGGGAACCCAUCACCGGCAUCUGCAUUUUCCGGCGGCGGCGGCGGCGGGGGGGGGGGUUCUUCCUCGAUCGGCGGGGUUGCUGCCACUCCCGCUGCAGGAGAGGUGACGACGGUCGGCUUCAGAGCACUGCAGUCGGGAGCGACGACAACGGCAGGGUUUGGCGGUGCCUCUGCUGCGGGUUUCUCCCCGGCUGGGGCUGGGGGAGGUGCGGCGGCGAACGUGAUGGUCGUGAAGCGAAAGGGAAGGCCGGCGCCGAAGCCGGCGGCGGCGGCGCCGCCGCCGGUGGCAGGGGUGGGGGCGGAGGCUAUCAUAUCUCCCAAGAAAGCCAAACCUAACAAAGAGUGAGAUCGUCGUGUUGGGAUGGUCGAUUGUUUACCAAGUAGAUGCGGUCGUCCUGUGUACCGGUGGCGCUCACGGUCACACGCCUGCCUAAGAGCAUGGCAGCGUUUAGGUGGUACCAGCUUCCGUGGCGUGCUCUUUCUUCGGGCGGAGUACCUAGAGCGUGGACUGCGUUUUUCUUGGGCACGGUAGGCCAAACGUACAAUGUGUUGAAAAAAAUUCAAGCGCAUUGGGUGAGCCAGAGCUUCGCCAUUUUUUGCCCUGUAUUGCGUGGAAUGCGGGUCGACGUUCAGUCUUUUCCAAAUAUAUCGAAAGGAGCUUGUUGGUAUUGUAUGGGUGUGGUUACAUCGACAAU